CCCGCCCUCCAUUUAUAUUCUGCAGAGGCCGAAACUCAGAGGGCCGCUCACACACCCCGGUUAUCCUGUUACAGAAAGCACAUGACCAAGUGCACUGUCCCAGCAACACAGCAAUUAGAUCCGCAAGGCGGCUCUUUACACGAACCAUCGCGUCGGACCUAGAACGACAGUCAGCGUGCCCCCCGCGUUUCUCCUCGCGUUUUUGAAGCCACUGCUGCUGUACACGCCGAUCCCCCACCUAUCCCGACCCUCCAGAGCCGUGUUCAAGGACAUUUGCAUAUCCGUCAUCAACACCAUGGAAUCCCACGCUAGUUCCUAUUCUUCAGCAUCCAUCAUGACAGAGGACGAGGAGGAUUGGGAGGAUUAUGUGAAGGGAGGCUACCACCCCGUCAAGAUUGGCGACACGUUUUCCGACGGACGAUACCUAGUCGUGCGCAAGCUCGGCUGGGGACAUUUUUCGACCGUAUGGCUGGCGAAGGACACCAGGUUGAAUCGCCAUGUCGCGCUCAAGAUCGUCAAAUCUGCGCCACGGUACACGGAGACCGCAUUGGAUGAGAUCAAGCUGCUACAACGGCUGAUCACGUCCAACAAUCCCCCAGCUCCAGCAACACCGGAGAACCCUAAUCCCCCUCCUUCCCCAUCACAGACGCACCCGGGACGCUCGCACGUCAUCAGCUUCCUCGACCAUUUCCGCCACAAGGGGCCUAACGGGACCCAUGUAUGCAUGGUUUUCGAGGUCCUGGGCGAGAACCUACUCGGCCUCAUCAAGCGGCACCAGCACAAGGGCGUCCCUAUGCCCCUCGUGCGCCAGAUAGCGAAGCAGGUCCUCCUCGGCCUUGAUUACAUGCAUCGCUGUUGCGGCGUCAUCCAUACCGACUUGAAGCCCGAGAACGUGCUGAUUGCCAUCGACGACGUCGAGUCCAUCAUCGAGGCCGAGCUCGCUGCGAGCGCGGCGCCCUCCCCCUCUUCCUCGGCCCCGCGGACCAAACUCGUCGGCGUCCCGCCGUCAAAGGGGCGCGGGGGCAACCAGACGCCGCGCGUGGAGUCGGUGUUUAUCACAGGCUCGCAGCCGCUGCCCUCCCCCUCGUCGACGAGCAGCCUGAGCAGCCUGUGGAACGGCCCGGGCAGCGCCGGCGCGUCCAGCGUCGACAAGUGGGGCUUCGGGAUGACGAAGAUCGCGAACCAGGACUCGACGGGCUCGGAGGCGGCGGAGGCGCGCCAGGCGGGCGGGGACGAGCGGAACGCGAACGCGGCGGCGGCAGCGGCGGCGGAUCAGAUCAGCGACGCCAUGGCCGGUAUCGCGCUGAACGGGAAGCCGCCGGGGCCGGGGCCGUCGCUGCUAUCGCAGCAGGCGCCGGCGGACGCGGUACCGCCCGAGAUCGCGACGCCGAAGCCCGAGGACGAGGAGGCUGCGGCGCUGCUGAGCGCGACGGAGAAGAUAACGGUAAAGAUCGCGGACUUGGGGAACGCGACUUGGGUCGAGCAUCAUUUUACGGACGACAUCCAGACAAGGCAAUAUCGCUGUCCAGAAGUUAUCCUUGGCGCAAAGUGGGGACCAAGCGCGGACAUCUGGAGUGUGGCCUGCAUUAUCUUCGAGUUGAUAACAGGUGGCGAUUAUCUAUUCGACCCUGCGUCCGGUUCAAAAUACAGCAAGGACGACGACCACAUCGCGCAAAUCAUGGAGCUCAUGGGCGACAUCCCCAAAUCCAUCGCCUUCGCCGGAAAAUAUUCUAGCGAGUUCUUCAACCGCAAAGGCGAGCUCCGGCACAUAUCAAAGCUACGCUACUGGCCGCUCGACGCGGUGCUGCACGACAAGUACCUGUUCCCGCGGCCCGAGGCCGAGGCGCUGGCCGCCUUCCUGACGCCGAUGCUGCAGCUGUACCCUGAUCGGCGCGCGCCCGCGUCCGAACUCGUCAAGCAUCCGUGGCUCGACGGCGUCGUCGUGCAAGGUGAGGUAGACGUGCUGCGGCGGCUGGAGGAGAUGGCGGCGCGGGCGAGGGAGGGGCGGGCAUCGGUGGAGCGGGUGGACGCGAUGAAGCCUGUGGAUGAUAUGGCGACGGUGCGGGAGGCAGAGGAGGAGGAAGAGGAGGAGGCGCUUCCGCCUAAGGAGCCGCCACCUGCGUAUCCGGGAGGGCAGCCGGCGUUGCGGGUGCAGACUUAGGGCGGGAUAUGUGAGUGUAGCGCCGGAUCUAGCGCGCGGGUUGUAGAAUAUAUCUGGCAGCGGGCGUGCCUUCAAGCUCACUGCCUGCGUGUAAAGUGCGUGUAUCAUUGCAUUCCUAUAAUCUACUUAUUCUCGUUGUAUACUCCUUCCUUUUUGCUUCCUCCUCUUAUCAUCUACUCCCACUUCUUUCUUGUUUGUAUUCCUGUUCGCUUCGUUGUUGUUGUAGCUGUUUGCUGUUGUACGGACACUUUCAGUCUGUCAUGCACAUCAUAUGCCACAAGUGUAGAGGCCAGGUGGAUUUCUACAUAUUUACAUUAUGUAUAGCGCUUAUAUGCGACAAUAUCAGCGUCUAUGAUAUACUAUAUCGUAUACUCAUAUCUCACACAAGACGUGAGCGAGAG